GACUUGACAGCGAGGGGCGGAGGGAGAGCCGGCGGAGGGAAACGCAGCAGCAGCAGAGGUGGUGGCGAGUGAUUCACCUUCAGUCCACCUGCGAGGUCCGUAGCUGCUUAACGGCUUCCAGGCGAUAUUUCACGUCCCGCGGGUUCAAACGGCCGUCGACCUGUCACUGGAGAGAGGGACCUUAAAAGAUGCAGUGUCACAGCCGCUAUCCAGACACCCCCAGCAAGGAGCAGAGGACCAGGCAAUAAGACCCUUUAGGACAGAAGGUCCUUAUGGUGGAGGUGGUGUGCGCUGCUGCCCUUUGCCAUGCCUCCUGCCAUGACAGACCUCCUGGACAUAUGGGCGGCCCACUCGGCCCUGGCCGGCCACGUUCUGGACCAGGUCACCGUGGACUUCCUGCUGCCCACCGGCAUCUACAUCCAGAUGGACGUGCCCCGCGAGGCCACCAUUCAGCACAUCAAACUGCUCUUAUGGAAGCAGGCUCAGUCGUUCCCGCUGUUCCCCUCCCUGGGGGAGAUGGAGAGCCACAUGUUCGAGUGCGUCAACCAGGCCGCCGUUCACGAGGAGCUGGAGGACGAAUCCCGCCGGCUGUGCGACGUGCGCCCCUUCCUGCCGGUCCUCAAGCUGGUGACGCGCAACUGCGGCCGAGCGGAGCGCCUGCUGGACUCCAAGAUCGGCGUGCUCAUCGGCAAGGGUCUCCACGAACUCGAUGCCAUAAAUGACCAGGAGGUGAAGGAUUUCCGCAGCAAGAUGUUUCGCCUGAGCGAAGAGAGGAUGCAGAAGGUCCAGAUGAUGACGUGCACGGAGUGGCUGCAGGCCUGCUUCUCCCCGCAGCUGGAGCCCCCGGCGGGGGGGGGGGCGGCCGUCACCGAGGGGCUCAACGACCGGCCGGCCGACCUGAAGGUCAUCAUCCACUUCGACCAGUCUCAGGACUCGGCCAGCCUGAAGGUGGCGCCGUCCUGCGUCCCCUCCGAGCUGAUGGAGCUGGCCCUGAAGAAGUGGCUGACCACCCACGGGCCAGAGGAGGAGGAGGAGGCGUGGCGGGGUCAGUACGUGCUGAGGGUCAGCCACUGUCUGGAGUUCCUGUGUGGAGAGCAGCCCCUGAUUGAGUACAAGUACAUCCGCUCGUGCAUGCAGGCCAAGGAGCCCCCGCACCUGACCCUGGUCCACUCCAGCACCGUCAAGGCCAUGUUCGACAAGGAGAUCUCCGCCAUCGGCGCCGUGGUUAGCCGCAAGUCCUCCAACCCGCCCCUCCCGCUGCCCCCCAAGAGACGGGUUCCCACGCUCGUGCAGACGUGCGUGUGGGACGUGUCCAGGCCGUUUAAAAUCGUCCUGGUGAACGGCAGCAAGGUGAACGCAGAGGAGAGCGCCAAGGUCCAGGUGAGGGCGGGGCUCUUCCACGGCACGGAGCUGCUCUGCAAGCCGGCGGUGAGCAGCGAGAGCUGCGGGCGCUCGGACCACACGUGGAAGGACAGCACGCUGGAGUUCGACCUCCCCGUCUGUGACCUGCCGCGCAUGACCCGCCUCUGCUUCGCCAUCUACGCCGUCAUGGACAAGGUGAAGAAGCAGAAGUCCACCAAAAACCUCCACAUAAACAAGUACCAGACCAUCCGCAAAGCAGGGAAAGUGCACUACCCCAUAGCCUGGGUCAACACCAUGGUGUUUGACUACAAAGGCCAGCUGAAGACCGGAGACAUCGUCCUGCACUGCUGGUCCUCCUUUCCUGAUGAGCUUGAAGAGAUGCUGAACCCCAUCGGAACCAUUCAGACCAACCCGUACACUGAGAACGCCACGGCGCUGCACAUCCACUUCCCCGAGUACAUGUCCCACGCCGUCGUCUUCCCGCCCUUUGACAAGAUAGUGGAAAAAGCCGCAGAGAUCGCCAGGGCAAAUGACUCCGUGUUGAUGGGUCGCGGGUGGAAGAAGUUCCACAUCGAGCUGAGGGAGAUCAUGGAGCGCGACCCGCUCUCUCAGCUGUGCGAGAACGAGAAGGAUUUGAUUUGGACGCUUCGCCACGACUGCAAAGACAAUUUCCCUCAGUCGCUGCCCAAGCUGCUGCUCUCCGUCAAGUGGAGCAAACACGAGGACAUGGCGCAGCUCCAGGCACUGCUUCAGGCCUGGCCCAAACUGAGUCCCAGAGACGCUCUGGAGCUUCUGGACUUCAACUACCCAGACCAGUAUGUCAGAAAGUGGGCUGUGGGCUGUCUGCAGGAUAUGAGUGAGGAGGAGCUGUCGCAGUACUUGCUGCAGUUGGUGCAGGUGUUGCGCUACGAGCCGUACUACGACUGCGCCCUCACCCACUUCCUGCUGGAGCGCGCCCAGGGAAACCGCAAGAUAGGACACUUCCUCUUCUGGCACCUGCGGUCAGAGAUCCACAUGCCAGCUGUUUCAGUCCAGUUUGCCCUCAUCCUGGAAGCCUACUGUCGAGGCAGCAUCCCUCAUAUUGAGGUUCUAAAGAAACAGGUGGAAGCCCUGAGCAAGUUAAAGUCUGUGAACGAGCUGAUCAAGCUGGGGACCAUCAAGAACGCGCGGAGUAAGACCAAGGAGGCCAUGUUGACCAAGGAGGCCAUGAUGACUUGUCUGAGGCAGAGCGGCUACUCUGAGACUCUGUCGGACCUGCACUCUCCUCUGAACCCCAACAUCCUGCUGUCCGGCAUCAAUGUGGAGAGGUGUCGCUACAUGGACUCCAAGAUGAAGCCACUCUGGCUUGUUUACAACAACAAGCUGCUGGGGGGAGACACGCUGGGAAUCAUCUUCAAGAAUGGGGACGACCUAAGGCAAGACAUGUUGACCCUCCAGAUUUUGAGGCUCAUGGACCUGCUAUGGAAGGAGGCAAAUCUGGACCUGAGAAUCGUACCGUAUGGUUGCCUAGCAACGGGGGACCGCUCAGGGCUGAUCGAGGUGGUCUCGACGGCCGACACGAUCGCCAACAUCCAGCUGACCAGCAGCAACGUGGCGGCAGCGGCCGCCUUCAACAAGGACGCUCUGCUGAACUGGCUCAAGGAGAGGAAUUCUGGCGACGCGCUGGAUCGGGCCAUCGAGGAGUUCACCCUGUCGUGCGCCGGCUACUGUGUAGCUACGUACGUCCUUGGCAUCGGAGACCGGCACAGCGACAACAUCAUGGUCCGCAGCACGGGACAGCUCUUCCACAUCGACUUCGGUCACAUCCUGGGAAACUUCAAGUCCAAGUUCGGCAUCAAGAGGGAGCGAGUGCCGUUCAUCCUCACGCACGACUUCAUCCACGUCAUCCAGCAGGGCAAGACGGGAUACACGGAGAAAUUUGCCAGCUUCCGUCAGUACUGCGAGGCAGCCUACUUGGUCUUGAGGAAGAACGGCAACCUCUUCAUCACCCUGUUUGCCCUCAUGCUGACCGCUGGACUGCCCGAGCUCACCUCAGUCAAAGACAUCCAGUACCUAAAGGACUCUCUGGCUUUGGGUAAAACAGACGACGAUGCGCUGAAGCAGUUCCGGCAGAAGUUCGACGAGGCGCUGAGAGAGAGCUGGACGACCAAAGUCAACUGGAUGGCUCACAACGUGGCCAAGGACAACCGCUCCUAGAGGUCCCUCAAAGGGGGGGAGGGGGCAGGCAAGAGGACUCUGGGAAGGAGACAUGGUAACCCCCCCCCCCCACCCACCCCCCCUUCCCCUCUGAAACAGAUCACAGCAGCGCCCGCCGUCUGGCAUUGCUAGAAUUACCGGUGUUGUGACGUUUCUGUGGAAUCCUAAUGGGUGGGGGGGCUAAAGUUGGGGGGGGUUUGCGAGUUUUGCACAGGCACGGCAACAGCUGAUGGAGCAGCAGCCAAAGGAAGGGAACUGAAGCCUCCGCCCUGCACACACACACACACACACACACACACACUACUAAAGAGCUGUCAGACAGGACUUGAAACGCAGCUCGUCUGGACACUGAGGAGGGGGGGGGGGGGGGGCCCUCUGCUUUAAGUACAGUGGAGAGGAACUGGUGGGUGUUGCCCACCCCCCCCGCUCUCUAUCCCCCGCUGCCUCCGUGUGCCUCAAACCUGAUGAGAUGAAAGUAUUUUUCAUGAGUUUCUUUUUGCCAUUUCAAGCAGCGUCUAUGUGCCAGACUACUUCAGCAGUCCACAGGGGACACGGGGGGGGACCAGAGAGAAGGAUGGACCGGGGGGAGGGGGGCAGGAGGCCUUCGGUCCGCUGUUUGAAUCUCGCUUCAUGUGAACACUGGAAUGCUUUCGGAAAUACCCGCACGAGAAAAUAAUUCUCUUUUAACGAACCAAACACUUUAUUUCUUUAUUUUAAAUUGUCAUUUCGUGCAUUGUCUCCGUUGAACGUUUUUUCCAAACCCAGAGCAUUAUUGGACAACGCGUCGCCUUCCGCGAGUUAGCGCUCGCCCACGUGUCUUACGGUCAACAAGGACUCCUCGUGGUUUGCUAGCAGGAGAUAGACGAUGCAUUUUAACCCGUCAGGACCAAAACGAGAGGAAAAAUAAGCAACCGUUCGGUGAUGUCAUCGUUCACGUUGCACUUUUUAAUGAUCUGUGUCUGAAUUGAAUGUGAAAAUAUGUGCCGCUCUCUUAAGUGAUAUUUGUUUUUUGUUUUUUUAUACGAGCAGGUGUGGGCGGAGUUUAUCAGGAGGGACAUUACACUGCGAUGAAAAGCUACCUUCUCGUCUUGACACACGAUGCUCCUCAGCGUCUGCAUCUGUUUGUUUGUUUGUGCAAUAUCCGAGUACAUGAACCACACCUUGCUCUAUGAAACUAUGAUGGGGUUUUUUCUGUCGGUGCAUGUGUGAUGCAGCUGUAUUUUGCACCACUGGCCUUAGAACCUCUCAGACACUGGAUAUUGUCAAAUGUACAGGCUUUUAUUGUUUUGCUGUUUUUUGUUUUCAUAAGAGUUUUAUUAAAGUUAUUUUCCACCGUGCUGCA